CAGGGGAAGAUCACCUGGAAAUUGCGCUCAAAUAAACUGCCUGGCCCUUUGUUGCCUCUCAUCGCCUGCUUAUUUCAGCUAGAAUUUAUCUUACACUCCUAUUCUGAAUAACUACUGUUGAAGAAAGGUUGUUGGAAAGUCUCCAGGACUACAUAUCCCAUUAGAAAGCUUUAAACAAGAUAGAUAAUACCUGCUGGUUUACCAGUGAUUCUGACUUUCUGCUGAGCUGGAAACUGCUUGUUUUGUGGAAAAGCAAAACUCAGCAGCAAACAUCUAACAUGAAUCACCCCCGAACUUUUGAGGAGCAAACAGAAUGCAUUGUGGACUUUCUACUCGAAGACUUCUUAGGCACCACAUUGCAGGUUGCUAACCGAGACCUACGUUGUGUAGAUGAAACAGAUUCAGGAGAGGCUGGCUCUUUUGACGUGGCCAUAAUUGUUGGACGCCUUCGAAUGUUGGGUGACCAGUUCAACGCAGAAGUGGAAGCUUCAGCCAAAAACGUCAUUGCAGGAGCCAUUCGGGGACAGGCAGGAGCUAUACUUCAGGACACAGUAAAAUCUCUCAGCCAGGCCUGGUGUGCUCAGGAUUCCAGCUUAGUUUAUGAGAGAGCCUUUCUGGCCGUGUCAGUGAAACUUCUUGAAUACGUGGCCCGCACAGCUCCUAAAAUGGCAAGACAGGUGGCUCUCCCCAUGACAAAUAUGAUCAAUGAGAACAGUGCCCUCCGGGAGUUCAUCCAGGGCCACGGAGGUUGGGAAAAUCUGGAGAGCUGAAGAGGAGGUAGAGCUGUUUACCAGCCUGAACAUCGCUGCCUUUUUGACUGGUCAGGUGAUUGAUUUCCAGAAAUUAAAACAGUCAACCAAACAGAAAACCACUUUCUUUUGGACAGAACUGAACUUUGUUGAAUAAUUUGGUUUCUACUGAUUGUUAAAAGCUGGGAGAAGCUCCCAGAGAUCUAUAGAGAUUUUCUAUUUUCUGUUUUUAUGUGAGUUUUACUGAGGUUCUGUUGAAGCAAAGAUCUCCAAACACGAAGGAACGACUUGCUAGUAGUGCAAUUCUAGGCAACAGGGAAUUUGCUGGAGCUAUUUUGGGGAAAAGGGAGCACACAGUCAACUAUUCCUUAGGGUUUAACCCUACCGUUUGCUUAGGGUCUUGUCUACUAAUUCUGUAAUCUAAAGGAUUUUAGGGAAAUUUAUGUUUGGGAAAUCUUGUUAUUCUAAGUUGAGGAUUUUCUUUCAAAUCCAUAACCUAAAUUUCAUGUUAAUUUCACCUAAGUAGAAUUAUUUUAGGCAUUUUCAAGGUCAGAAGCAAAAAAUAGCAGUUUGUCCAUCUGCCCUUGUACUAGAAAGGCCAAAGAAAACAGUUGCUUCAUUUUUUACUGCCACACAGGAUAUGGGGAGGUCCUGCCCACACUGAGGACAGUUGGGCCAUCCUAGCUUAGGUGAAGCUAGUUGUGUAUCAAAUUGUUUUUCAAAGAGUGGUUCACAUACCACUUGUGAACCUUACAAAUUGCUGAUUUUCAGGCUCCAUCCUUAAGAGAUUCUGAUUCUGUAGGAGUGGACUGGGGCCUAGGAUCCUACCUUUAUAACAAUUUCCACAGGUGAUUGUGAGGCACAUUUAGAGCUUGAGAACCAUCACUUUACAGGAGGAGUUGGCCAAUCUGGCCUGCCACUUUCUUAUAAAUAGUUUGAUUGGAACACAGCUACACUCACUUGUUUACAUAUUGUCCAUAACUGUUUUGGCACUGCAGUGGCAGAACUGAGUAGUUAUGGCAGACACCUUUUAGCCCAUGAAGCUCAAAUUAUUUACCAUAUGACCCUUUACAGAAGUUUGCAGACCCCCCACUUUAAAGCUAAAUUAAGAUUUCUCCCUGAAUAACUUAAACUCCGUUACAAUCCUGAUAAUUCCUAUCAAACACAAUUAUAGUUAGGAUAACUCUUUUUUUCAGCACUAGUCUGAGAGUGUUUGUUAGUUCUUGCCUGGCCCACACUUUCUCUGGCACCUUCAGAAAAUUAGAGAGCUCUGCAACUCCUGAGUAGUCAGUAAAGGGUAAUAUACAUGUCCGUGGGCCUACCACAGGUGACUGAAAGUAAUGGAAUCAAAGCAUAUGGUUUCUAUGGUUUCUGUGUCUCAAUAAUAGUCCUUAAAAAUCUUAUAGAUCAGUAAGUAAUCAUCAAGUAUAUUUUUUCAUCCAUAAGCCCCAAAACCAUACUAUUUAGCUGAUUGUUGAGAAGAAAAAGCAAUGCUGUAUCUAUUUUUGAAGAAAGGCAUUAAUGGUUUUGACUGAAGUUUAGCAAAGCUAACCACAUCCUCUCCCUUUAGGCAGCCAGCCCUCUGGCUCCUUUAAAUGCAUAGAAAUAAAGAUGCAGUGCUGCUGAUACUUUUUCAAGUAAUGCUAUUUCCUCUAUUCUUGGAUAAAUCACAAUAGGCUAGUAAUCCAGAAAUGAAGUUUCAUAUUUAUCUUUAGUACAAAUUAGCUUUUUUGCUAUCAAUUUAAGACACUUAAUAUAGUCCUUUAUCACUUACAUUAUUAUAAACUUAACUUGGUGAAUUUUGUGGUAUUUGACCUCUUAGGCAAAAUCACAGUUUUCACUUUGACUAAUGCUGUUUUGUUCUUGAAAUAAAAUUCUUCUGUCUACACAUUUGAACUAAUUCUCAGCAAGUGCUAUCUAAACUGAAUGAUGUAGAAACAGAGAACAGAGGGGGAGGGGAGUAAGGGAAAUAAGUGAAGAUGGUCAAAGGGUAUAAAAAUGAAAAAGUUUUGGGGAUAUACUGUGCAACACGGUGACUGUAGUUAAUAAUGCUGCACUGUGUAUUUGAAAGUUGCUGAGAGUACAUUUUUAAAGUUCUUACCAGACACACACAAAAUUGUCUAUUUAUAUGAAGUAAUGGAUGUGUUAACCUUACAGUGGUAAUCAUUUCAACAUAUGUAUACAUAUUUAAUUGUUAACUAGUAUACCUUAAACUUAUAAAAUGUUAUCUGUCAAUUAUUUCACAAUAAAGCUA